UCGGAUACUUUUAUGAGAGAGAAGGAAGAACAGAGAGAGAGAGAGAGAGGAGGGAGAAGAAAAAAAAUAAUCGAAAAUAAAAUAAAAUAAAGAGAGAGAUAGAACCCCAGAUCUCUCCACAGUUUCAACGCCUCAAAUCUCUCAACUCUCGUCCCAAUCCUUAGGUACACGCCUCCCUCUCUUUCCUCCAAUUUUUGUUCGGAGGGAGGACGAAUUUCAGUUCUUGUUUCUGUUUCGAUCUCCAACCAAAUCUGGCCCAAGAAAAUUUGAGUUUCUUGUGUGGUAGAUGCCACCAAUGUGUGCCAAGCCCCUCUGAGAUCUCACCGGCUGAUCAGCUGAUGUAGUUUGCAGUCGAAUUUUGUUCCGUUUUUGGGGGCAAGAUUGUGUUCUUGGAGCUGUAGAUUGGUUAUACAUUUUUUUUUCCAUUUCUUGGCUCAGUUUUGUCCAUUCGACGAGGAAUUUCUCGUCGUGUUUGUUGUUGAUUGAUUGAUCCAAUCUUUGAUGCGCCAAGAAGCAAGAUGAACACGAAUUACUCGUCCCUCCCAUUGACCUCCAUCGAGCUCCAAUCCAACCAGCGCACAUCCGAGGUCGCCAAUGGCGUCGGCUACAACGGCCACGCCAAGAUCUCCAAGCAAGAUUCGUUCCUGGUCGACGGCGAUGCCGCCGCCGGCGGCGGCGGCGGCGAGAACGACGACCUGCCGCUCAUCGGCGACGGCCCCGCCGGGCCACCCGAGGGCUCCGGCGUGCCCGCCGCGGUGUUCAACCUCGCCACCUCCAUCAUCGGCGCCGGCAUUAUGGCCCUCCCGGCCACCAUGAAGGUUCUCGGCGUCGCCGUCGGCCUCGUCUCCAUCCUGGUCAUGGGGAUCCUCUCCGAGGUCACCAUUGAGCUGCUCGUGAGGUUCGCCGUGUACUGCCGCGCGCUGUCCUACGGCGAGGUGGUGCACAAGGCGCUCGGCCGUCCGGCGAGCAUCGUGGCGCAGAUGUGCGUCAUCAUCAACAAUGCCGGCGUGCUCAUCGUGUACCUCAUCAUCAUCGGAGAUGUGAUGUCAGGGUCACUGAAGCACAUUGGUGUCAUGGAUCAGUUGAUCGGGCAUGGCGAGUGGGAUAACCGGAGGCUGCUGAUCUUGGUGGUUCUUGUGAUCUUUCUCUCCCCGUUGUGCGCGCUCGAGAAGAUCGAUUCGUUGAGCUUGUCGUCUGCUGCAUCGGUCGCGCUUGCUGUCGUGUUUGUGGUUGUGUCAUGCAUCAUUGCGCUGGUGAAGGUUGUUGAGGGUAAGAUCAGUAUGCCGAGGAUGGGGCCGGAUUUUAGCUCGAGGGCAGCAAUGCUGGAUUUGCUCGUCGUGAUACCGAUCAUGACGAACGCCUACAUCUGCCAUUUCAAUGUUCAGCCAAUCUACAAUGAGCUCAAGGAGAAGACACCUCACAACAUGUACAAGAUUGGGAGGAUCACCACUGUGCUAUGUGUUGUGGUAUAUGCACUGACUGCGGUCUCAGGGUACCUCUUGUUCGGCGAAGACACUGAAUCUGAUGUGCUCACCAACUUUGACAAGGAUCUCGGGAUCAGAUUCAGCUCAAUCCUCAACUUCAUUGUCAGGAUUGGGUAUGUCAUCCAUCUGGUUCUCGUCUUCCCGGUUGUCCACUUCUCGCUUAGGCAGACGGUGGACUCGUUGAUCUUUGGCGAGUUAGCGCCCCAUAGCAGGAAAAAGAUGCUCACCUUGACAGUGGUGCUCUUGGCACUCAUCUAUCUUGGCUCGACGAUGAUACCAAACAUCUGGGUGGCCUUCAAGUUCACCGGUGCGACGACGGGGUUGGCACUGGGGUUCAUUUUCCCGGCCCUUAUUGCAUUGAGAUUGGACAAGGAAGGCAAGUCUUUAGGUAAGGGUGAGAGGCUCCUGUCAAUUGUGAUGCUUGGUUUGGCCAUGGUUGUUAGCAUUAUUGGAGUAAUUGGAAAUGUAUACAGCCUGAGGAGCAAGUCUGCAUGAUCUAUCAUGAUGAACAAUUUAGUAGGGUUAGUGCAUUGCCAUGGCAGUCAUACAGACUGUAUUAGCAUGGUCAGAUACAGAAGACAGCAGAGGUACUACUUGAGCAAAGCUCAGAUACAUUUUGUUUACCUUUAGAGGUGCAGGAGCAUUUCUUGAAGGUUUUUGUUUUUGGGAGCUUGGACUAGAUUGACAGAUUCUUUGAUGUAUUUGCAUUUAUUGGUAAGGCAGCACAAGAUGAUAAGAAGCUGGUUGUGUUGUACUGCGAGGUUGUUGCCUGUCUACUACAUGAAAAGAAAAGAAACGAUAUGUUUGGCACUUGAGUUUUCAGGCGUUUUUCAUAAAUGUUCGGGAGUAGUGGAGUAUAGAGCCUGGAGAUCAUUUUCACCGUUGAAACCGUAGGCCAGAAAAUUACUGGUUUAAUUUGCAGUCGCUUGAAUGUAAUGAAAUUCUCCCCCAUAACCUAAGAUAAA